AUGCCGAGUUAUGCUAAAUUUAUGAAAGAUAUUCAAUCUCGGAAGCUGAAACUUGAGGACUUGGAGACUGUUGCUCUAACGGAAGAGUGCAGUGCGGUGCUGCAACAGAAAUUGCCUCCGAAACUUAAAGAUCUCGGAAGUUUCACAAUACCGUGUACCAUUGGACCGUUGUCAUUCGACAAGUGUUUAUGUGACUUGGGAGCUAGCACUAAUCUGAUGCCAUUAUCUGUCUUCAAGAAACUUGGUUUGCCAGAGCCGAAACCUACAAACAUGUACUUACAACUGGCUGAUCGGUCCAUUACAUACCCGAGAGGUAUAGUGGAAGAUGUCUUGGUUAAGGUGGAUAAGCUCAUCUUCCCUGCUGACUUUGUCAUUCUAGACUUUGAGGAGGAUAAGAAGAUUCCCAUCAUCUUGGGAAGACCGUUCUUAGCUACAGGACAAACUUUGAUCGAUGUGCAAAAAGGAGAGCUUACAAUGCGAGUUCAAGAUCAGAGUGUCACUUUUAAGUUGUUCAACGCAAUGAAAUUUCCAACCGACGAAGAAGAAUGCUUUAGGGUGGAGCCACUAGAAGCUGUUGAAAAGUCUGAGAUGGAGCAUGUGACAGUCCAGGAAUCCGGGGGUCUGGAUUCUGACGUCACCACAUAA